AUGGUAUUCAUUUUAGUUAUAUUUUGUAAAUUUUUAAAACAGAAAGAUUGUCCAAACGGCCAGCUAACGAGAGAGAAGUUUCUCGAAGUCUACUCCAGUUUCUUUCCACAGGGCGAGGCGGAUAAAUUUUGCGAGCAUGUCUUCAGGACGUUCGACGCUGACAACAGCGGAAAAAUCGAUUUCAAAAAAGCCCGUAAGUCAACCCGUUUAAUAUUUACUACGAACGAUUUUAACAUUACAAAGAAAGCCAACCUAGUAUCACGCAUCAUAGACAAGAACGAACAUGGUGGAUUGGAACUAGUUAUGCAAAGUAAAUGCAUUCAAGCCAUCUUCAAAAUGGUAGGACCGUCUUUAUCCCUGAACGACCCCAGUGACACUCCCGACCGACGGACGAAAGAGAUUUUUGAAAAGAUGGACGAAAAUGGAGAUGGAGUCCUAUCGAAGGAAGAGUUCGUGAAAGGCUGUAUGGCUGAUGAAUUCCUUUACCAGAUGCUGACAGCUGACACUUCGGGGUCACAGCCCUGA